GCGCGCGUAUCGAGCCCACACGGGCCGCCGCCGCCGCCGCCGCUGCCCGCGACCGUGAUGCAUGCGGGCACCUAGCGGCUACACGCGCGCGGGCCUCAUGGGCACCGUGCUGAGCUUCAGCCCGCGCGAGCGGCGCCCGCCCGCCGCCGCGCCGCCGCCGGACCGCGCCGCGCUCGCCUACUCCUACGAGCGGCUCAACAACGCCAAGAACAGGGAGAACCGCGACGUGCCGCGCGACGAGCGCCGAGCCACCCUCGAUGACGCCGCCAAAAUCAUUUCCGAGAAGACCGCCCUCGAGAAGAAUCUGAAAAAGCACUCGUUGUUUAUCAAUGCCCUCUCGUGGAAGCGGUUCUCGACGGCGAACAACAACAAGAAGAAGUUAGAAUGCAAAAGCAAGAGCGUUGCGACGUUCCGGCCGCCGCUGACGGACAAUGCACCGCUCGACAGGAACAAGAACUUGAGCGUGCAGGGUGCGGUGUAUGCGCGGCCGACCGCUGUGCCCGCACCGCUGCCUCCGCCGCCUGCGGAAGUCGCGCGUACCAAUGCGCUCAACAACAAUGUGUGUUACACCGAGAAGCUGCCGACGACGGUGGUCGGGCCCGUAGUAGCACCCCGAAAGACGGUUAUACAAGCGUCGACGUCGGAACUCCUCAAGUGCUUGGGCAUGUUCCUGCACUCACGGUGUCACCGGCUGCGCGACUUCCAAGCGGGAGACGCCGUCAUGUGGUUGCGGACUGUAGACAGAUCGCUGCUCUUGCAGGGAUGGCAGGACGUGGCCUUCAUAAACCCAGCGAACGUGGUGUUCGUCUACAUGCUGGUCCGGGAGCUGGUGGACGGCGAGCGCAUCGCGCGCCCUCAAGACCUCCAGGCUGUUGUUCUGACCUGCCUCUACCUCUCCUACUCAUACAUGGGCAACGAGAUCUCAUAUCCUCUAAAACCUUUCUUAGUCGAGGACUCUAAAGACAAAUUCUGGGACCGAUGUCUGCUGAUCGUCGACCGAUUAUCCUUCAAUAUGCUCAGGAUCAACUCCGAGCCAGGUUUCUUCACUGAAGUGUUCACGGAGUUAAAGGCAUGCGGCACGGUGGAGAGUCCCCCGCCGGCGCCUCCUCACCCCGCUCCCGCGCCCCCUCACGCCCUCACCGCCGCCUGACAUACAGAGGUGGCUGUGCUGAGGUUAGCACUUACCGAUCGCCCCAGCCGGGUGUGAUGUCGGCUCUUCAAUACUCAAAGUCUUGGUCAGUCGUCCUCUAUUUAGGAAAAUGUUAACGUACGUGAUGCGCGUGGUGUACAUUCCCAUGCUUCAGUCAACAAAAAAAGAGCCCUAUACACGUUUUAUUUUUUAAUUGGGCUACAUAUUUUAUAAGUUUUUUUUUCUGUUCUAAGGAUAUUAGUGUUUGAUAUUAUUAAUAAUUAAGUUUUAUUUCAUAGGAGUAAUGUGACAAAAAAAAAGUGCUUUGUCAGUAGAUGCCUAGGUCAUAUAAAUGGGUGAAAUUUUAAUAAAGUCCUUGAGUCAUGAUAUUAUGGUAACGAGUGAAUAUUUUUGUAAUGAAUCUCAUUCACAUUACAAAUUCGUGAUUUUCAUUUAAUACAAGUUAAUUUUAUAUAAUUACAUAAGGUAUAGGUUUACACAAUUUAAUUAGAUACUUAUUAAAUUUUAUUUGUAAUUCUAAUUCAAUUUUACGGUCGCCAAUUACGUCGAGUAUUCACUAAGUGCAUUCCUGUGUGAACAAACGAGCGAUUUUAUUACAUUACAGAGGAAUCAGUCAACAUGUAAGAUGCUCAUAUAACAUGUUAUUAAUUAUUUUACAUAUUUACCUAGAUACAAUAUAAAAUUAGGUAAAUUUGUUAUAUGAAAUACAAAGUAAGACAGAGCAUGUUAAAAGCUUACUCGAACAUGUCUAUCACAAUACGUUACAAGCAACUUACAGAUCAAAUAAAAAUAAAUAUAUUUUUUCACACAUUUUUGGGGGUGUUAUUCAUUAAUGUUGUUGGUGCCAGUAAUGUGAGUAUGGUAUUGUAUUAUUCGUGAGUAAGCAUGAGCAAUUUUUAACAUUGCUCUCUGUGAUUCUAAGUGAAUUUCAUGUUAUUUUCAUUAACGGUAUCAAGGUGGAUAAUAAAAAGUUAAUAGAAUUGUUUUUUUAAUGUUUAGUUUUGUCUAGUCAUCGUAGAGUGGUAAAGCCUCCCUCUUCAUUAUUAUAGACAUUACUUUCUUAUUAUGUAAGAAUCAUGUGUGUCUUUAUUUAGUUGUUAAAUAUGCUCGGUUUCCCUCCAUUUGUUAAUUUUUUUAACUGCAUAAUAAUGCCGUAUAAAUCCACCUUUAUACUCAACAGUCUUCGUUGAGUUGUUAAGAUCUUGGAACGUAUUGUACUUACUUAUCAUCAUUAUUAUAUCAGCCUAUAUCUGUCCACUGCUGAUCAUAAAUGAUAAGAGGGUGGGGGAGUUUGAUAGUUGUUUGGGUUAGUUAAGGUUUUGAUAGUUGUUGCCACGCUUGGCAGAUGGGUUGACAACUGCAGCUUUGGUGAUGUUGAGAGGGGCGCUGCUGCCUAUCCGUCGACCUUUAAGUUCCCUUAGUAACCUCUUACGACACCCACAGGAAAGGAAGGGGUGGCCCAUUCUAUGCCGGGACGACAUGGCAACCUACAGAUGUGGGAUAAAAAGUAGGUAUUCAUGGGCACGGCAUAGAUAGUCACUAUUGAUGUAUGCAAAUAGAGCUUCGAUUAAGUAAACGGUAAUGAUUGUAGUUGUACUUCCCAAGGAUUAGAUAUCAUAUGAUUCUGCUGUGUAUUUGUAAAGAUAUUACUUGCUCAAAAAAUUCAAUUACACACUCAUCUAUGACCUAAUUGACGAUUGACCAAAACUUUAUAAAAAAAAAAAUGUUAUAUACCUAAUAGGGAGGCGAGUACAAGUACCAAUAAAAGGCAAAAUAGUUCUGCGAUCACGACGUAAAUCAGACGUCUUCGUUAUUAUUAGAUAGAAAGUGAUUAAUUGGAAAAAAAAACCAUUUGAAUUAAAAAGAAAAUAAUUGUACUUAAUAGAUUUCAGACGACAGUCAUCCAUAGACAAAGUUAUAUAGCAUAAUUCGAUAUCUAAAAUUUUUAGCCAAAUUGGCUGAGAAUAUAACUCGAUACCUCUCGCCGUUUGUGGUUGAGUUGACAUGGCUUAGAUAAAGUGCAACAUUUACACCGUGGUAUGGGCAUACCACGUUAAAUUAGUUAAUGGUGCACUUUUGUGUUUGUAGGUAAUUGUCUGGUAAUGUUACUUUCUUACAUUGCUGUCAGUGGUAUAUUAGUCCAAUAGUACAGCGGUUAGUUGGUAAGUUAAGAAUUUCUUAAAAAUGUAGUGAAAUGAACGUAUUGCCAUAUAGUUAGAUGAUAUUAGUAAAAAUCUGGCAGGCAGGCGGGAGGAUGCAAUAAAACAAAAUGAUCAGCUAUAUUUACUCUGGUAAAACCUUCAAUGAAGUGUACGUAUUUUAGUGUGAAGACUCGAGGUGGGCUAAAAGCGCAGGAUAAUUUAAUUCGAGGCAAUGAAGAACUUAUUAAAUAACAAAUAGGUCAAAUUUUGCGAAUGAUUAAGCGUUUUGUACAGUAAUGUCGAAUAAAAUAAUACCUACAUUUUAAGUCUAUAGCAUAGUUUAGAAAAAUGGAUUGCAGGCACUCGGUCUGUCGGGAACCAUACAAAAUCAAUGGCCUUAGAAUAUUACAAACACUAUAAAAUUCAGUACUUAUUUCAAGAUAAAAUUUAUAAUUAUUGUGACUUUAAAAACCUUGUAGUAGUCAAAUAUUAAAUUUGUAGUUUGUCAAUAUUUCACUUUUUCAUGCUAAGGAUUUGAUUAGAUACUAAAUUUGAAAAAUCAAAUUUAGGUAAUCUUAUUUUCAAAUAGCUAAUUGAAACAACAUUGCCAUUAAUUUAUACAAUUGUCAAUUUAUAUCAGCUGCCUGUGACAAUAGAUUUACCUGCAUUGUAAUACAAAAACCAAGAUAAAAAGACUACAAAUAUGUAUUUACUUAAUCACUAAUAAAUUACUUAAAUGUAGAAGUUGCGUGGAAAUAAUUAUACAUGAAAACGGAUAUCAGUAAAAAAUCGUACUGUUGAAAAAAAAAAGUUUUUAUUAUAGUAGGAAUAUUUGCCCAUUAUGAAAAAUAGGAUAAAUUCUAGAGGACGCGAGUUAUCUGGUGACUUCAUUACGGAACUUUAUUAAAGUACCUCUAUGUUCCUAGGGAACGUAGUUUUUCUUUUAAAAGUCUCAUGCCACUUAAUGCAAGAAUGUUAUUUUGAUGUAAUGUUAUAUGUAUUUUUAAUAUGUAUAAAUCACACCUGCCAACCAUAAUUUUGUAAUAUGUACUUAUUUUAGUGUUUGCUCUAUUUAAUUUACAAUUACUACUCUGAUGGCGCUGAAAAUCAGCAAUCCCGCUAAAAUUAUAAAUGUGAAAAUUUGUAAAGAUAUUUGCAUGUUUGACUUGAUCGCAUUUAAAAGGCUGAAUGGAUUUAAAUGUAAUUUGAUACACUGGUAGAGCAUAUCCUAAAAAUAGGGUAUUGUUAUCCUUAUUCAUGCGGGUAUAGGCACGGGAUACAGUUACUUUAAAUCUAUGAAAAACCCGUAUCAUGAUAUGCGUUCACACUAAUCUCCGAAACCGCUCAAUCAAGUUUAUUGAUAUUUUGUAAAUGUAUUGAUUGUUUCAACUUGAAAGAUGGGCAGUUUCAUUCACAUAAGAAAAAUGGACCUUGUAGGUGGUAGGGGGCAACACAACGUUUGCUAAGUCAGCUAGCCUACUAUAAAAUAUUGUCUAGGCACCGUACCGAGUGCCUCUGUGCGUGGAGUUAUUUAGUCAAGUGUGUGUCAUGAGGGUGGUAAAUUGUAAGUAUCUAUAAUAUAAAGAAAUCUCAUUAAACUGUUCCAAGUCAUUAAUGAUUAGGUGAAAGUAGAUGUCUGUGAUGUAUUGUACAUUAGAAUUUGUGUUUGUGAUAUAUGUUCUGUUUUAUAUUUAUUGAUAUUAUUAUUAUUUUUUUCUGUGAAAUGUUGUAAUAUUUAUAGGUAUAAAUUUAAAUGUGGUUAGAGUCACUAUGGCAAUAAUUUCACUUCUUAUAAGUUGAUUUAGUUGAUAUUAUAUAUAUACACGAUGUUGAUGCCGUCUGUAUCGAAUACCUGCCAAGUAAGGAUUGUACCUAACAUUAAUCGUGUUAUUUGUGAAUAAUUCAAUUAUAUAAGUGAUUAUUUUUCAAUUUAAACCAUAAAGUUUAUUUUUUAAAAUAUUUUUUAUUAAAAAAUAAUGUUUCGAUUUUACAUUCCUGUUACGUACUAAGUCGAUAUGUGGUGUAGGUAUAUGUAAGUACAAACUGUACCUACAUCGAUAUUCUGUGUGUGAAUGUGCAUAACAUUAACAAAGGUAUUGCCGGUCAGAUACCUAACUCUAACAUUAUCCAUGUAACUCACGUUUGUUAAUUAAUCUAUUGUAAAUAUACCCAAUUAUUAAAAAAAAAAAACUUUCGUAUAUAUAA